CAACUCUAGGGUAGUGGCAGAACAAAUCUCUUCAUUCACUUACCACCAUCUUUGUGUAUUUCUUUUCAGCACGGGACUCAAGGAACUAUCCAGAAGGCUUCAUCAUGUCCAAUGCUCCAGACUCUCAGCAGCCUCCAGAAAUCACAGAGCAGACAGAGACAAUUGUGGACUUGAACCUUCCUCUUCCUCCUCCUCCUCCUGCUCCAGAGGAUGAAUGGGGCCCAAAUCCCGAGCCUACUCACAUGAGUGCUUCUUCUAUUCCCUUUUUUCUGUAUGGAAUCAUCCCUGUGGUCCUGGGAAUCUUCAGCUUGCUGCUCUUGGCAUUAUGUGGAUUCUUUGGUUAUCAGUACUUUCAUACUGUUGAGGCAUCAGCGACCAAGAUGAAGAGCCUUAACGCGUUGAUUGAGUCUUUUCAAAGCAAAGCAGACAAAUUUCUUCAUGUCCAAAAUGUUCUUGAACAAAAUAAAGCCUUAUUGUCCUAUGCAGAAACCCUAGAGUGGCUGCAAAGCCGGGGGCAUCUCCUUGAGGCUUUACAUGAACUAAAUCAGAAACAAGGAGUCAGGUGUGGAUGUCCUCCGGAACACUGGGUUCAAUCCAAUGACCACUGCUACCACCAAACCACGAAAAUGGUUUCUUGGUUAGACUGUUUCGAUAUUUGUGUCUCUUUGAAUGCUACAUUUUUAAAGACAGAAAGGAGUAGGUUAAAGAAUGUCAUGGAAUUAAUUGCAGUAGGUCCUACUUGGCUUGGCCUGUCUUACAGGGAGAAGGACAAUGAAUGGAAGUGGGAGGAUGGCUCCUCUCCUUCUCCUGGGCUGGGUUUACCAGAGCCAAGUCUGGAUUUCCAGGGAAAAUGUGUGUAUGUAAAGGCACACACUCUUGGUACUGAUAACUGCACCAUACCCUCUUCAUGCCUGUGUGAGAAGGCUGUCCACUAAAAAUCAGAAGAAAGUUAUGAGAAAAGCUAUGAGGGUCACAUCUCAAUAACAUUCCAGACGCAAGACCUGCUUGUCUUUGUUCUAUUGUUUUUUUCAUGUUAUUUGUAACCCUUUCAUCUCAUAGCAGAAACUGUCAAAUGACUUUAUGAUAGACGAAGGCAAAGCCUAGAGUUUUAGCAGAAAUAUCAGAGCAGCACCAAAAAGUUACAAAUUCAGAACCUGUUCGAUUUCAUGAGAAUUGUAUAAAUGAACUAAUAAACAUUAUUUGUCAUGACUA